AUGAGCUCAGUGGCGGGGAAUAAAGAGAGGGUUGCUGUCACAACUAGGACCAGGAAAUAUGGGGUAAGGAAUCACUGUAACUUCAUAGAGGUGCAUUAGAGUGUGACUGAAGGAAAUGAUUUUCAAUGGCACAUACCCCCUCAGCCAGCAUUUCACCACUGCAUGCAGUCACCUAACCAUACAUAGACAUCGUAUUGUCAAAUCACUGGAAGAAAACAGGCUUUUAAAUGCCAGCUCAGUAUUUCACGUUUUUAUUAAAAACAACAACAGAAUAUCUGAAUUCUACUUAGAACUUCUGUUUACCCCUAUAUAAACACUUCAUGUGUAUUGUGGUGUAUUCUCUCUUAGUACAGCUGUGUGAUAGAUAUCACAGUCACAAUACACAGUGUGGUGGCUAAUACUGGGGGGUGUCUGUGCAAUGUCAGUAGACUUGCAAGUCAGCAGGUUUGGCAUGUAAAAUGUGAAGUGAUUAAUAUAUGCAUGUAAGCAAUUUGUAUACACAUCCAACAGACAGACUGUGAGACAGUCAGACAUACAUACAUACAAACAUGCAUUAUACAUGUUUUUAUAGAAAGCCCAAUGUCUCCCUUGAUGUUGUAGAUUGUUCUGUAUAUAGAGGUAGGGAGAAAUACACACACAGAUACAUAAAUAUUAUAUGGUUUUACAGACUGUGAGAGACACAGAUACAUAUGGAGAGAAAGCUGUAUUAGCUCUCUCUCUCUCUUUAUAAUCUAUCUUUAUUUUUAUCUAUGCGAAAGGUAGAUUCAUUGAUCGAUUUAUAUAUUUUAUUUAUUUAUAUACAUUUUUAUUGUUCUCUAAUGAAUUCUAUACAUAUGCUAUCUAUCUAUGAGAUAGAUAGAUAGAUAGAUAGAUAGAUAGAUAAAGGUUUGUGUAUGAUUUGUGCUACACAGGUUUGAAACUAGGGGCAAAUUCAGGAGAACAUCAAUACAGUUUCUCAGGUCCUCUACCAAGCUGAUUCAGAGGGACACAUUGCUGGUUCUCUGCUAUGCAGAUAUCAAGCAUAUCUAAAGCUGACAUUUCCUCACAUCUUACAUAUGAUGUAUGACAGGAGACAAUCUCUCCCUAGCCAAGUCCAUGCUAGAUACAAUUGAAUAAGAUCUGCAGAAACACAGUGUGAAACACAGACAGCAAUAUCAGACAUGGGUCUCAGCCCAAUAGGGAAUACAUAGAUAGACAGUCUCCAUAUUUUCUGGGCUACAGAUAGAGUAACUAAAUAUACACUGACAAGUGUGAUGAUUAAGUUUACUACGUCAAAACAGGAUUAUUAUUUUUGAUCUAAAAAAAAAAUCAGAGUGAAGUUAUGGUAUAUGUAUGUGUAUGUGUGUUUUGACAUGUUGGAAUUUAAAGCAAUAAAUUUAUGUUUUAAAUGAUUGUUAUAUAAAAUCAUGUUAUGUACUAAAGGUUAGUUUAAAAAAAAAACGAAUUGCUUUAUAUGUAAACCAAUAACAUUUGCUAAGAACUUGAACUUAGAUGAUGUGUGUCUUCAGGAAUUUCUCCCUGAACCAGAGAGGGCAAACCUUGGUACCUCAGAUACUUAUCAACUACAUUUCCCAUAAUGCCAAAAUCAACAUAAAGGUUAAUUGUGGAAAUGUACUUCACUAACAUCUGUGGUUAUAAUCUUAGGCAUAAUUGCUCUACACACAUUUCCUUCAUGACUGCCUUUGCAAAUAUGGGUUUUGUUAUUUAUUUGUAUUAUUUUUCUAAAGAUGUACGUUGUAACACUUACACAUAAUCUGUUUUUAAUUUGGUGAUUUCUUAAGGGCCCGUAACUCUUUGUACUCCUGAAAUACAUAGGUUUUUGUACUCCUGAAAUACAUAGGUAGAAUGUCUUUGUUAAGCUACGUCUUGCUUUACCUUCAAACGAAAAAAUAAAUCAAUGACAUGUGUUACAGUUUUCAUUUCAAGAUAGGAAAGUCAUCCAGAUACCAGUACAAGGCAAUGGUGUCAAUUCGAACAUUUUACAAAUAAUGUUUAGAUCUUCCUAUGAAUCCGUGCCAUUUCCCUAUAUAGCAGCCAGAAACCACCAGCUUGCCAAUAUGUUCCUAUGUGAUGUUCAGAUACAAGUAUCUUUACCACAUAUUCACAUAUUCAAUGUAGGGGGUUGGAUUUCAUCCUAUGGUGCAGGAAAUAUUAAAAUUUUCAAUAGCAAAGCAAUAUAUCUGCUCUAAGGGAAAGCUCAGCUGACAAUUCACAGGAUAACAAUAAAUAAAAUGUAAUUUAAUUAAUGCUAAAGGAACCUACCUAUUGUGUAGCUUAAAUUAUAUUAUACAUAUUUUAAAAAUAAGCACACACACAUACAGUCACCUUUCUGUAGUGCAUUUAAUAACCUGGUCAAUAUAUGAUGCACACAUACACCUCUCCCUGUAAUGUAUACUGUAACCUGGUCACUAUAUGACGCUCACGUACACACAUGCACGCACACCCCUACAUAGUUAUCUCUCUCUAGUGUAUAACCUGGUCACCAUAUGGUGCUGCUGUUCUAUAAAUAGUAUGUUAUUCUGUUAAAAAAAAUAUAUAAUAUAGUGCAAGCACAAUAUGUCAGGGAUGGGUCUUCAAUCUAUCAAAGUCUAUAAACAUACAUGGACUAAAUAAAUGCAAUAGAUUUUUAAUAAGGCAUCUUACAGCAAGGCUUUUGUUCAGGCGGAAAUAGUCUACGGCUUGCCAGGCUCAAUUAGUGAUAAUUAAUUUGAUAUCAUAAUUACCUUGUGCAGAUACAUGCAAGUUUACAGUUAUUAGUACUAAAUGUAUCACCCAAAAUACUAUCUGAAUUUCUCUGUGUUUCGGAGCCAUUACCACUAGUGUUAAUAAAGUGUUACUGUCAGCUAGUGCAUAUGACAUUGUGUGUUAAUUGUCUGAUGUGGAUUGUAGAUCCAAGCAGCAGAGGGGAGACCGAUAUAGACAUUGCAAGUGUCAUGUAAUGGUGCCAUAUAGCUCGUAUAGUCGUCUGUUUGUGAGUGGGACUUGGAAUGUGGAAUUCAUAAGUAUAUUAAUUCCAGAGUAAUAUUCCAAAAUAAAGACACCUUUCUAUUCAUGCUUGAUCAACAUCCCUGUUGGAAUAUCAGUAAACUCUUAUAGCAAACCCUUAUCUGAAAAAUUGAGAUCACUACCUUUUGUGUCUCAUUCUUUCCUUCCUUGAUUCUUCGAGAAGCUCUGCUUAGCAAUGAAUAGGAAUAGAAUCCAAUGAAAUGAUAAACAACAACCAGCCUUUAUAAAAACAAUAUGGCUCAAAUAUUAGGAAGUAAACAUGUUUCUCUUCAAUAAGGUCUGCUCUGAGUCCACAUUAUAAGUUUGUAGAUAUGGAAAUAAUGAAUUGUGCAUCACCAAUGUGGCUGUCAAUAUUAGUCUUAGAGGUAGAACACAGCUGAUGAAUAAGGUGCAAUGAAAAAAAAAGCCCUAAGCUUGUUUCAUCAUAUGUAGAUGACACUUCCUAAGGAACAUGAUAAAUAAUACAUAAGAAAAAUUAUUCGGGGCACUUUCCUGUUAGAUCCCCAGUUUGAUUCAUUUUGAUGAAAGUAAAUCAGAGGACAGAUAUUUGUGCUAGGGAUUUACUCGUGAUCAUGUUUAUAGUGGGAACAUUUACACACAACUGACACACAUUCACUGAUCCAUACACACACACACACACACACACACACACAUACAAAAAAACAAACUGACAUAGAUUCACUGACCUAUACACAUACUCAAAAACACACAAACUAACACACAUUCACUGACCCUUACACACUACACUUUAAGAUGAACAAACAAACACACACACACACACACACAUUCAUUCACUGACCCAUACCCAGUCACAGACACACAAACUGACACACAUUCACUGACACAUACACAGAAUAAGACACACAAACACACAUUCACUGACACAUACACAGAAUAAGACACACAAACUAUUACACAUUCACUGACCCAUACAGACACAAAAACUGACACAGAUUCACUGACCCAUUCACACACUCACUCACAGACACACAAACUGACACAGAUUUUCUGACCCAAACACACAGUAUGACACACAAACUGACACACAUUCGGUUACCCAUACACACACAGACACACAAACUGACACAGAUGCACUGACCAAUACACACAGUAGCGCACACAAACUGACACAUAUUCGGUGACUCAAACACACUUACAGACACAUAGACUGACAAAGAUUCACUGACCCCUACACACAUUCACUUAGCCAUACACACAAUCAGGCACACAAACUAACACACAUUCACUGACCCAUACACAUACUCACAGACACACACUGAAAGCACAUAUAUGUAAAUAUAAAGGCCAUUCUAGAGCAGCACCUUUAGGAGAGAAGAGAUAUUGUACUGCCCAGUACCCUGGAUGCGGUGAGUGUAAAAAUGAAUCAAAGCCAUACUCUGGCUGCAUGACUCAUUCAUGGUCACCGAGUCUGGCGGAAGGAGGAACACACUGUCUAUUCACUCCUCCACAAUUUGAGAAGCCUGGUAGCUGGGAAAGGGAGACAGUUGGUUAAUGUAAAACAGAGAUAAAUAGAGGCCAUUGCAGCCUCCAUCUAUCACUGAAUAACUAUAUAUUGUGAGCUGCAUCACCAAGUACUGCGAGGGUGACGCAAACUCUUUAAUGCUCCCUCGCAGUUCUGUUCCAAUUUGCACGGCUGGCUGACACCCCUCUGAACCGGUACCCAGUGACAUGUGCCCUAUGUAUCUGAUUAUAGGCACUGUAACUGCUACACCUCAUUGAAGUGGUUAUAGUGUGAUACUAUUUUUUACUAUUUUUCUUUUGAUCCUAUGUAAAUAUUUACAUGGUUGUGGUUGUUUUAUCCUGGUGCUCAUGUAUGAGUACCGGUUUUCAUUGGUAUUACCCUAGGUGCAACUGCAUGGCAUCAUUUUUUAUAAGAGAUUUUGAGUGCAUUCCUAAUUAUAAUUCUUUAAUUAAACUUGACCCAAUCAUAAAUCAAUUUUGGUAAUUUCCUACUCUGCACAGUGAUCUGGGUACUUACUAUCCACUCAUUUCCCUGUGUGAGUCUACCCAAGUUGUAGAUUUAAAUAAUAUAUUUGAUGUAUUGAAAAUAAAAAUGUUAAUCAAAUAGUAUUAACUGUGAUUUGCUUUACAAUUAAUAGAAAUAAAUAGAAAUUACAUUUACUUCCGAGAAUAAAUGGAGAUGUUUUAUGUUACUGACAUUCUUCAUUUUUUCAUUUUUAUUUAUUCCAGAUUAAUGAGGUCUGCUCCCCCACAAAAUCAUCAGCACCCUUUUCUCCAGAAAGCUGGUAUAGAAAAGCUUAUGAGGAGUCUCGGGCCGGUAGCAGACCAGCACCUGAAGGUGCAGGGUCCAUCCCAGGUUCAUCAGGAACACCCUCACCCGGUUCUGGCACCUCCUCACCUGGUUCUUUCUCUGGUUCUCCUGGGCCUGCAUCUCCUGGAAUUGGCAACAGCUCUCCAGGAUCUCUUGGAGGAUCUCCAGGAUUUGGCACAGGUUCUCCUGGCUCUGGAAGUGGAGGAGGAUCAUCUCCUGGAUCUGACAGGGGUGUAUGGUGCGAAAACUGCAAUGCACGGUUGGUGGAGUUGAAGAGACAGGCUCUGAAACUUCUGCUACCAGGGCCACACUCCAGCAAGGUGAGAGCAAGAAAAGUGAAAGUGUGUUAUUAGCAUUAACAUUGUCAAUGAUUAUGAUAGCAAGAAAUAAUACACUGUGUAUAUUUUUGAGGACAUUAUAAGGAGGGAUCAUCAAAAAACAACACAUUUUUGUAUAUGUUAUUAGUUGAUGUUACAGUGCUUUGUAGAAGUAUUAUAAUUCUACUUUUACUAUAUGCUUUAGUCUUUGAGGUUGAGGCUUCCUAUAUUUUUGUAUAUGUUUGUUUCAGAUGUAUGCCUCAUAAAUAUGUGUAACUGAAUAGACACCGUGAUAUUUAUUUGUGCUGAAUAUCUUGGUGACAGGAACAUUAAAAGUAUUUUGAUAUCUAAAAUAUUCAUUGCUUCGUUAGUCAGUAGGGUAAACUGUACAAUGCAAUGUACAUUUGUAAUAAAGUAGUCAGAAAUGUGCUAUCAUAGUACCUGAGAAGAAGAUACUAGCAGUUCCUUGAGUUCUUGAACAAUACCAUUAUUAUUGCACAAUUACAAUACAAUAAAAUAUUAAUAUUAAUUAAUAAGUAUUUCAGGUUUUUGGUUAUUAUGUAAGUGCUUUGACAUCUAAAUAAGAAUUAAAAGUUAGUGGUGGGAAAUUGGGAAAUAGAAAUGGUGACUUCAGUUAAAAUAAUUUAAUGACUAUUAGAAUUCUGCAGUGGUGCAUGUUGAAAUCAAUAGCUCCUGAAAUAAACAUAUUUAAAUUGUUAAUCAGAUCUAAUUCAGAGAUGGAUGCAUCAUUUUAUCUAGUAAAAAAAAAAAUAAAAAAUAAAAAAUAUAUAUAUAUAUACAUAUGUAUAUAUAUAUAUAUAUAUAUAUAUAUAUAUAUAUAUAUCUUCUUAAUAUCUUAUUUCACCUGCAGAGAAUUUUCCAUAUUUGCCAUAAGUUUUCCAUUUUUUCCCCAUAAGUAUCCAUAUUUUCUCAACCUUACACUCCUUGAUUAUUUGGUGAAAGGACAUUUUGAAAUUGCCAACCCAUAAAGGUCCAGAGGGCCAUAAAUCGAGCUUCAAAGACUCUGACUCUGUAGAAGAGGCUCCAUAAAGUGUGAAUUACGGAGGUUUGUAAUUAUAAGUGAGAGUAUUAGUGAAAUUAGCAGUCUGAAACUCUUCAGGCUACAUAUACAUGCCAGUUACCGCCACGUACAAAUGUUAGGUAAAGAUUUUGUGAAAUAUGAGAAGAUGAUUCUGAAUUUAGAAACCAAGUUUAAAAAAAAAUGCUUCUACAACCCUGUUUUGCUUGUAAUUAUUUUGAAAUAUCUAGUCUGAUUCAGGCAAGAAAGUAGUAUAAAUGUACACAUCCAGUGUAAUACAUUUCCUGGCAUUAAGCCUUUAAAGUAUGCACAAUAUUAGAUAGACCAGAGCUGCUCUAUGCUCAUCAAUGGGUAAAAGAGAAUCAAUUGGUCAGUUUGGAGGCUCAGCCAGAAAAAGUAAUGAUGGGGUUGGAACCAAUCAAAUAGAGAACAAUGGGAGCUGUUAGCAGCAUUUGGUAACUCCCUAUCACUACCUGUGAAAGUGGUAAACACGAAACAGCUAAAAGUCUAUAUAAUUGAUACCAUUCCCCUGGCACUAGUUCUAUGUUUCUCUAUGGGAAUUUUUCAACUCGCUUGGAGUAUUUUCUAUGCAGGCACACCUGAUUAGAUAUGGACACUAGUCAAUGUUAUUUUCAACACUAACAUUUUUGAAUGCUCACUUCUAAUAAGUCGAGGGUUUAGUUCUUAAAGACACACAAAUUACAACUUUAUUUUAAAUAAAAGGUGAAGAACAAAGAAUAAUAUGUGGUUAACUCAAUAGGGUCUAUAUAAUACAGAUUUAAAUCAACAUAGAAAUAGAAAGAAGGCAACGCAUUAUUAUAGACUGGAUACAACUCAGUGUAUUUUAUAUGCACACUCAUUUUCCAAACUCACAAUUAAAAAAGCCAAUAAGGACACCUGGUUUUAGUUAGGUUCUACUUCUAACCAAUAAAGGAGGCCACAUCUCUUCUUGAAGCUCCUUCUAUUUAUUUACUCGCAAGGAUAGAAAUAAGUGUAGAUUGCUUUUUUUUUUUAAAGCAAGUAGAAAUACUAGUUAAAACUCUCAUGGAUCUUAGCCAACCCAGUGUAUGACCCACUGUAAUGAGUAGAAAUAAUAUACCAAGGAGGGUCAAAGGUAUUGACAAUUACAAAAAAAAGUAUUCUAUUAUAUAAAUGGUAUUAUAUAAAUGCAAUACAUGUCAACCCCAAUACAUAAGUAAAAAAAAUAAUAAUACAAAUUUUAUUGACACACUAUCCCAAAUUCUUAUGCACAUUUAAAUAACUGAAGGUUUUUUUAGUAUCACUCCAAUGACCUUUAAAGUGUAAGCUCACCUGCCACAUCAAGGCAAAACCUCUUUUUUCUUUGGUUUUUCUUUGAUUAUUUUUGAGCUGUAGAUAGAAUAUUAGACACUACUCAUCCUUUUUACAUACAUUUUACUGAACAAUUCCAUUUAGUUUGCAGAUUUCUCUGAAAAGGAUACAUUUAAACACAGGAAACAUGACCAUUUAAAACCACUAAAGUGGUUAUGGUGCUUGGAGUAACCCUUUAAUGCAUAGGGUAGCGUUUUGUAGUAUUUCUAAAAUCAUAGCAGCAGGCUAUACACCUGUAAAUGCAGCUGUAUUUUCGUAUUUUUAUGUCAUUAAUACAGAUUGUGAGAUGUCCCAUGCGUGUCUGUUACUUUACAGUAGUUCUUCUUACAGUCUUGGGAGCGGCAUUAUUUUACCUAGAAAAUAACUAGCUUUAGCUCCUGGGCAUAUCUGGCAAUGCAAGGUAGGGUUAGUAGAACUGCAUUUCUCCUUGAUGAGCUGAUCAGAAGUAGGAAUAAAUAAGACUCACCAUUUUUGUACACAAAGUUUCUUCCAUUAAACCAGGUGUGUCUGUCUGCAUUCCUGAAUCCUACAGAAUUGCAGGUGUGCACCGGAGGCGCAGAUUUCAGUGAGUGCAAUACCUGUGCAGAAUCAGGGACGACCGUAUGAUUGCACUGGUGUCAUUCUUUUUUUGGUCAUCACAUUUUGAAAACUGUGUAGUACAUGAAUGAACCCUUUGUGCCCUCUGAACAUUUAUUUAUUGACGCCAAAUUUCCCUAGAUGAAUCUACUUUUUAACUCUUGUCUUCAUUGUAUUAAUUGCCUUUUCUUCACAUGUAAGUUAGAACCUAACAUAUUAUUUAUAUGCAAAUUCACUUAAUAAAGGGGAAUUAAAAGACAAAACACCUUUUGAAGCAUGAGGAAAGAAUGCCAUGAUUACGCUAUAGAUGGUCUGUGGGACAAGGUGGCCAUGCUAAAGUACUUUCUUAGGUUAUAGAGAAUAAAUGAACCCUACGGUUGCAACAUAUUGUUGGAAAACUAGAAGGAAUUUUACUACUAUUUUUAUGACGAUGAUGAUGAUUAUUAUUUAUUUGCUUUUUAUUGUCCUAAACUAAAUGUUGUUAGUAUAUUAUUGUUCCAAACUUUAGCAAUGACUUAUAGCAAUGACUAUAAUACACGUCAACCCCAAUGCAUAUAUUGAAAAAAAAUUGUAAACAUUUUAUUGACGCACUAUCCCAAAUUCUUAUGCACAUUUAAAUAACUGGAGGUUUUUCAGUACCACUCCAAUGACCUUUAAAGUGUAAGCUCACCUGCCACGUCAAGGCAAAACCACUUUUUUCUUUGUUUUUUCUUUUUUAAGCUGUGGAAUGCAUAGAUAGAAUGUUAAGCACUGCUCAUCCUUUUUACAUACAUUUUAUUGAACAAUUCCAUUUAGUUUGCACAUUUCUCUGUUCUGAAAAGGAUACGUUUUCACAUAAAGGUAAAGAUGAGCUGCACUGACAUCUCCGGUUUGAUUUUUCUUUUACCAAACAUAUCCUAUUGUGUUAAUAGAAACACUUCUUGUGUCUUCAUCUUUCAACAACAUGUCACCUCAGUCUUCAUCAAUAAGUUAAGUCUGUAUUUUGUAAUCCCUCCUGCAAUAGCAUGUAAGCAUUAAGGACUUAUAUGGAUUCUUUUCUCUGCUUUGGCUCACUAGGUUUGAGGAAUGUACCUUAAAAGCAGUUAUGGCAAAGGGAAACAAACCAGCGCAUGUGAUAACAGAGGGCACAGUAUCAUGAUUUUAUCAUUUGUUCCAUUUCUAUUUAAACUGCCAUAUUAGGACACAAUCUAGCAUUACAAAUUCUUUCUGUAUUUCACAUAAAUGCAGCCCUGUGACUUUUAGAAGUUGUUAUACAAUAAAAGUAUUUUACAAUUUAAAAAAAGAAAAGUAAAAAUUUGUAGCCAUUAGCAUUUCUAGGAAGCCGUAACAACACUGUAAUGUUAAAUUCACUAUAAAAUAUAAUUUAAUUGAUCAAUUAGCAAUAUAAUGUAUAGACUCCACACACUACAACUUUUCUUGGUGAAUGUCCACACGUUAUGUGAACAAAAGUACUGACACUUGGUCCAUCAAUGCUGUACUGCCAUUGAAAAUUUAUUUCAAAUAAAUUCUAUACUGCCAAUAAUUUCAGCAGCACUAAAUAUCUUAAGGCAAUUGAACACCUACAUUUCCCUAGCAUACUACACUAAACAUUAACCCUUAUAUUAUACCAACACACUAUUAUUAAACCAUAGAUUACACAUUAAAACCAACACUACACUAACACUACAUUAUUAUUACUAGUAUUUAUAAAGCGCCAACAUAAUUCACAGCGCUGUACGAUUGAGGGAAGAAGAGUACAAUAUACAUAGACCAUACAGGGCUAGAUUAACAUAGAGGCUGAUGGAGCUGCAGCUCCAGGCCCAUGCCCAUGGAAUAGGCUCAUUGAUUCAACUACUCUUCCUAUGCUCUUGCUUAAGUAAUGAAACUUAAGAGGGAUGUAGAGGAACAAAACAUGUGUGGACUGGCUGACAACGAAAUUAGUUAAGGUAAAGCUGACUUUGCACACUAUGCAAAUACUCUUGCUGCAUCAGUCUGUCUAACACUGUGUCAUGUUCCCUUUCUUCUACACUCACUAUAUACACCUUGUCUCUGUCCCAGACUAUAUACCAGGAGCUUCUGCCUGCUAGUAAGAAGGUAAUGAGAGGAGUGUAAAAGUGUGUGGUAGGGCAACAGUCCUUAGAAAGCACAGAGCGAUUGCAUCAAUAGACGCAUUUAUGUCAAGCUCAAGGUGCUGUCUGCAUAGCAUGCCCUUAGUUGACCAGCCUGCAUGAUUGGCAAGUAGCCUGAAAUGCAUUCAUACCAGGCUGGCCUUGCAGUUCUUUAGGCAGACCCGCUCCCUUUUUGGGCAUGUUUGCCCCUUUGGGCCGCUCUGGUUACAUGUUUCAUAUCAGUGGCCCACCCUUUUACACCGCCCACCGAAAUCCUGCUUCACUGGACACUGCUGUUAAAGGGUAUGAUCUAUGUGAAAGAUGAAAGUGAGAGAUUAGCAUAGGGUAUGUGUUUUCUUAAAGUUAUAUUCUGUAAGUUUCACUCCAGAAAAUAAAUAAAAUACUAUUAAUAAUAAAAUAGACAAGAUCCAGCGCACUCACUUAUCCUCUAAACAGCAACUUCAAUGUUGAAAGAUUUAAUUUGUUUUUUUAAAAACACCUAAUCUAGGCAAAAAUAAUGGGGGUUUAGUUACAUUAUAUGAUCAUACAUUGCAUAAGCCUGCCACAACGUCAAUGUACCCCAUCUUUGGCAGGUCCUACACUAACAGCCUAAUGUCUGCUCUUAUGAGAUUAACCCACUUACUUGGGGAAUAAAUUCCAUCUGGGGCUCUCUGCAGUACAAGGCUAAAUAGGGCCCUGGGAUGAGUCACCUGUGACAGCCAACUCCUUGGUUUUGCACCCCUCCUUGUCACAGGUGCCUCAUCCCAGGGCCCUACUUAGCCUUGUACUGCAGAGAGCCCCAGAUAGGUUAUUUUCCCCAAGUAACUGGGUUUUUAAAAAAAACAAAUAAAAUCUUUCAACAUUGAAGUUGCCGUUUAGUGGAUAGGUGAGUGCGCUGGAUCUUGUGAAUUGUAUAAUUUGGCCCCCAGCAGCACCCCCAUUUAUGCAUGUUCAGGUGAGUGCAGCCAACCCCCCCUUGUUUCAUAAUAAUAAAAUAGGAAUUCAAGAGGCUCUUCGGUUCUGAUAAAAUUCAUACUUUAGGCACUUUGACUUCAUGGAUCUCCAAACCAAGUCAGCCUGAUUUGUAGAACCACUUGGAAAGUUCUCAGAUGGUUCUAGCACAUGAUUUGGGUUCCAUUAGUACUAGAUCUCCAUGAUAGUGAGUUUUUAUUUUCCAAAAAGGUAUUUGAAUUGGAGCAGGCCUGAUGAUCAGUGUUGGGUGCUGCCUACUGAACAAAGUUUAUAGAGGGGCUCCACAAUUUCAUCUAUUUUUAUUUAUUUUUUAAUUUAGAAUUUUCAGAAUCAUGUUAAAUUUAAAUGUUAAAGCUUAGUGAAAAAUAUUCAGGGCAACACAGAGCAGUAUCGAUAAUACACGUUCGGAAUGAAGUACUAUGUAUGAAUUGAGCAAUCAUUACAAUAAUAUUACACACAAGAUACUGAAUUUCCCGAACAACAGAGUAAGAGUGAUAAUAGAGUAUGAAUAUGUAAAUAGCUGUUUUCCAUAAAUUUUAUAAUGCUCUGAAUAAAAGUGCUAUAUAAUAACUGUUAAAUAAAUAAAGAAAUGUUGUUUGGCACAAUUGUCAUAUCUUGUGUAAUUGGGUAUAACUGAGAGGGUAGGGGGAACUAGAAACAAAAAGAGUAGCGAAAAAGGUACGAUAGAAGGAUUUCCAAUGAAUUUCAAGAGUGUGAGAUACUUAGGGAUUUGUACUUAACAAUACAGUGAGGAGAGAAUUGAUCAAAGAAAACACCUGCCCUACAAUUGUAUUUUAACCACACUUUGUGUAGGGGGACUGUUUGCAACUGUUUAUGUCUUCCUAUGCAUGGCUACUGUGUCGUAUACAGCCCCCUGUUUAUAAUUGCUAGUUAACUUCCCAGUGAAAAAUAGAACAUACAGUUCUUAUAUACCUGAAAAGGUACUUACUACUGAGAACAAUGAAGGAACACUGGAGACUAGAGCUUACUAUAGAGUUGUCUUGCCUACACACAUUACUAGGCAAACCCGAGAUUGCAUAAUGGCUUAUCAUGUCUUAUCGUGUUUGACAUCACCAAGACCCAGCCGACACACACAUACACACCAGACGCAUGCUAACACAGAUAAAUAUGGAUAGAAAUAACAAAGAACUUAUUGAGUUACAUUAUCCCAGCACUAUAGUUCAGCCACCAUCAUAUAAAUCCAAUACAUUUAUUGCUUAAAUCUUGAAAAGAUGAACAGUAGCUGGGCAUGGUUAACAUUGUCCUACAGGUUCUCUGUCUCUGUGACAUUCUCCACUUCUUAAUCAGCAUUCUUUGUCCUGUUUCUAGAGGCACUUGGCAGGCACAUAGCAACAUACACCAACUGGGUAGGGAAAUUGUUGUCAGUUUGCAAUGCAAAUGUUUCCUUAUACAGGUCUAGUUUUAUCAAACUGUAAUAUUUACUGUUCAACUUCAAAGGUUUUGCAGAUUAAGCAGUAUACAGAUAUUCAACAAUACUUACAUUUGAGAUUAACUUCUGGGUCUAAGUUCAGUUGGUAAAUGUAUUAACUCCUUUCUGUCUAUUAACAGCGUUUAUUCAGUAAAAUCUAAACUGUAGUGAAUUGUUAGCCAAAUUGUAAAAUUUAAGAUAAAAUAGCUAAACUGUGACUAAGUUGGAUAAUUUUUCUAGAUCAGCUAUUUAGUUUUAAAUUUUGCAGUUUGAGUUUUCGAUUCACUCUAAUUUUCUGCUCAAUGAAUAAAACCUCUUUUAAUCGAAACAUAGUAUGGAAACAUAUUACUGAAAUCCUAUGCUGCAUAUCUGGGAUGCGAUUACACCUUUUGAUUGUGGCGCUGUGUAUCUAUCUAGCAUUAAGAAGGUUUUAAAAUGUAUUGUUUAAUAUUCUAAUAAGUUAGCUUGUUUUUGGAAUGGUUUUAAAAUUUAUCCUCUGAAAAAUGGAGCAAUAAUGUCUUACGUUGCGUUUCACAGCAGCCAUAUAAAUGUCAAAUAGAGCAUCACACUAGAAGGAGGGGGGAAAAAAUCAAUAAUAUGAUGGAACAAAUGAAUCAGUGUAUACAUAAUGUAGUAAAAUACAUUAUUGAUUGUAGAGGGUAGUAUAUAACUUCCAGCAUUUCUAUCAAUUGCAUCAAUUUAUUUGAACUAAUUUCUGUCAUUUGUUAGAAUGAUUCUUCAGGGACCCUACAUACAUACAAUCUUCAGAUAUGGACUCCACCAGCAUAUCUGAAAUCACAUGUGCUCCAAGGUUUGAAUUAA